UCUAUUUACAGAAAGCAGUUGCUCUUACAAUGCCCAUCAAGUAUUUAAUUUGUGGAUGAUUUUUAUUCCACAGGGCUGUCUUUUCAAUUUUCCCAUGGCCUCCAGCCCCAGUUUGUCUUCUUUCAAACACCAAAGACCUGGUCUGAAGCACAGAGCAUCUGCAGGGAGCAAUGUUUCGACCUGGCCACCAUUAAUGACAUGAGAGAGAUGGAAAUUGUCCUUGAAGAUGUCAAAGAUAAAUACGAUGAUGCUGUGUGGAUUGGGCUUUCAAAGGGCACGACCCUCAGGUGGCACUGGUCUCUGGCAGGUGACAAGUUCUACAAAGAAGGAGAAAGAAAUUAUUUAUUGUGGGGCUCAGUAAAUAACUACAACUGUUCAGCAUCCAGAUACGGGAAAUUGAAUAUGUUUCCCUGUGACUACCAACGAUAUUCAGUUUGCUUUGAUGCGACAAAACAAGGUGCAGAUCAGUAUAUCCUUAACACAAAAUACAUGGUUUGGGCUGCUGCUCGGGAUUACUGCAGAACAUACUACACAGACCUGACCAGUCUAAGGAAUGAUGCUGAGUACCAGAUAGUCAAGGAAGUAGCCAAUGGCAGUGAAGUGUGUGUUGGCCUCUUCAAAGACCCCUGGGAGUGGUCAGACCAGACUGACUCCUCAUUUAGAUACUGGAACCCAGCCGAGACUGUUUGGACUGAUAGCACUCAAACCUGUGUUGCUAUGUUGAAGGUGAAAUCUGGUAAAUGGGGAGAGAGGGCAUGUACAGAAACACAUCCAUUCGUCUGUGACUGCAGAAACAAGCUGAGUUUCAUUAAACUGAGGAUCAGCCCACAGGACUCAAUGUUGGAUCUAAAUAACCCUUCGGUGCAAGCAGACAUCUUGGAGCAAAUGAGCCAGAAGCUAAGGAGUUAUAACACGACUGCUGUUUUUCAUCUAAAGUGGAGAAAACAAAUUGAUGGAAGAGUUUUUACCAAGGAGCCUUGAAGAAGUGGUUGAAAAGAAAAGAAUCAGGAGAACAGAUUAAUAUGGGUGAUAAAUGUACUUUAAUAGA